AUGGACGAUGCUCAGCUGUUUGUAUCACAUGAUGAGUUUAUCUGCUUGGUGUGUCGUGACACUCUGAAUGACCCUGUCUCGAUCCUCUGUGGUCACAGUUUCUGUAUGACGUGCCUCACUGAAUACUGGGAUCAGAGCCAAGUGUGCAGCUGUCCUCACUGUAGAAGGACCUUCACACCAAGGCCUGAGCUGAGCAGAAACACUGUGUUGAAUGAAGUCAUCAGGAAACUGAAGAAGACGGGACUCAGUCCUCAUCCUCAGUCCCAGACUUAUGCUGGCCCUGGAGACGUGAAGUGUGACUUCUGUACUGAGAAGAAGUUCAGAGCUGUGAAGUCCUGUCUGACCUGCCCGGCCUCCUACUGUCAGACUCACCUGCAGCCUCACUUUGAAAUAGAAGCCUGGAAGGACCACAAGCUGACCGAUCCUGAUGGAAAUCUGAAGGAGAAACUCUGUGCAAAACAUCAGAAAUGUCUGGAAAUAUUUUGUAAAAGUGAUGAGAUGUGUAUCUGCACAAUUUGUAGAGUGACUGAACAUAACGGUCAUAAAAUGGUCAAGAUGGAGACAGAAAGAGAAGAAAAACAGAAACAGCUGGGGGCAACACGGAGUGAAAUCAAGAGGAGGCUUCAGCAGAGAGAGAAGAUACUGAUGGAGACGAGGAGGGCGAUGGAGCAGAUGAAGAUCUCUGUGGAAAAGAAAUUAGAGGAAAUUAAUUGCAUUGAGGAAGAUUACAUAAAACUGACCAGGAGUAUCAGAGAACAAGAAGACAGAGAAAUGGAAAAGGCUGAAUUUGUAAUGGAGCAACUGGAGGUGGAGAUCGAGGAGCUAAAGGGGAGAGACGCUGAGCUGAAGGAGCUUUCAGUCACCAAGGACAAUAUCCACUUCCUGCAGAUUUUCUCAUUUCUCUGUGACCUUCCUGCUGAUGGAGACUCACAGAGCUUCACUGUCACUGCUGACUUCUUUUCUGAGGAACUGAGCAAAGAGCUGUCCUGUCUGAAAAAGAGCCAGGAGAAGAUAAGCCAGUUGGACAUCAAGGCAUUGACUCCAUCAGGUCGUGAAGCUCCAGUUUUCACCCUGCAGCCUCCUGAACCUCAGAGCAGAGAGGAGUUUUUACAAUGUGAGUUUGUGCUUUGACUGAAUCAAUUAUGAGAAGAG